CAUCUCUCUCCCCCACCAAUUAAUUCCUCUCCACGUGCGUGGUUUUUGCCCACCAAGUUUCAAAGCGUUUUCAGGUGAUAAAGUAGAAACAAUAAUAACAUUCAUGGCGCUAUCAACAAUGAUCUGUAAUCAUCUUCCUUCUGCCGCUCAGUCUGGCAUGGCCAGGAUUGUUUCCACGUCCUUGAUAUUUAAUGCCCAUCAAGAAGUAGAUCUCGAUCGCCCACCAGCUGCUGCAAAAACCUCAAACCGGGCUUCUCGUCUGGCUGAAUCACUCUCACACCUCCUUCACCUCCAUGUUGAAGCGCCUCCUCGGACUAAACUUCUCCAAUCCCAUUGGAACCCUUACAGUGAUGAUCAAGAUCAGAAACACUCUACUCCAACUUACUCUCCCAAGGAGGUCAUAGCUGAGAAGUGGCGUGAGAUUCAUGGCCACUGUUCCUCGGAGUGGGACUGUCUUUUGGACCCUCUUCACCCCUGGCUCCGAAGGGAAAUUGUCAAAUAUGGAGAAUUUGCACAAGCAACCUAUGAUGCUUUUGAUUUUGAUUCUUUCUCUGAGUAUUGUGGGAGCAGCCGCUACGGCCGUGACAGGUUGUUUGAGAAAUUAGGCCUCACUAGAAACGGCUACACGGUCAAAAAGUAUAUCUACGCCAUGUCACAUAUAGACAUGCCUAACUGGCUGGAGAGGUCACAUUUGGUAGACACUACUUGGAGCAAAGAUUCCAACUGGAUGGGUUACGUGGCGCUGAGCGACGACGAGGAGACACGACGGAUUGGACGGAGAGAUAUCGUGGUGGCGUGGCGUGGCACCGUGGCACCCUCGGAGUGGUACGAGGAUAUGCAAAGGAAGUUAGAGCCAUACGGGCAAGGGGAUGCUAAAGUUGAACAUGGGUUUCUUGGUAUAUACACUGGUAAGAAUGAAUCUACGAGGUACAACAAGUGUAGUGCCUCGGAGCAAGUCAUGAAAGAAGUGACAAGGCUUGUGCAAUGGUACAGGGAAAAGGGUGAAGAAGUUAGCCUCACUAUCACUGGACAUAGCUUGGGUGGUGCAUUGGCUCUCCUCAAUGCAUACGAAGCAGCAUCCACCAUUCCAAACCUUACUGUCAGUGUCAUUUCCUUCGGUGCUCCGAGAGUUGGCAACAUUGCUUUCCGAGAUGAGCUCCACCGGUUGGGAGUUAAGACAUUGAGGGUGGUAGUUAAGCAGGACAUAGUUCCUAGGAUGCCAGGGCUUGUUUUGAAUGAGAGUUUGCAGAAGUUUGAUGAGGUCACCGGGACAUUGGAUUGGGUUUACACCCAUUGUGGAGCAGAAUUGAAACUAGAUGUUCGUUCUUCGCCUUUCCUCAAACGGGGAUUCAAUUUGCCUGGUUUCCAUAGCCUAGAGACAUACCUUCAUCUUGUUGAUGGGUUUCUUGAUAGCUCCACAACAUUUCGGUCGGAUGCUAGGAGGGAUAUUGCUUUAGUGAACAAGGCAUGUGACAUGUUGGUGGAUGAACUCAGGAUCCCACAUUUUUGGUACCAAUUGGAAAACAAAGGAUUGGUUCGUAAUGCUCAUGGUAGAUGGGUAAAACCAACGAGAGAUCCAGAAGACAUACCUUCAGGUAGUAGUGAACAAGAUGUCCAUGCUCUUUCGCUUGGGACGCAAACACAAGAUCAUGAUGUACUUGAAACACAAUAUGUUAUAUAAAUUUAUAAGCCCCCCUGUUCAACACAUCUUAGAUAUUGGAAAUCAACCAAGCUUCCUUGCAUAUAUAACGUACGUGAA